CUAUAUUUUAUUAUUAGUGUUAAACAGAACCGAAAGUCCUAGGUUCUGUGAAGGUAAGGGGGGUCAGCAUGAUACUAAAUCACAAACAUUUAGUGUUACAUUCACAGGAAUCUGUUUUUGUAAGAAAACAAAUAGUUUUCAUGAUUGAUUGUUGUUUAGUCAGCCAGUCACUUAACUUAUGUUUACUUUCCUUUAUAUAUAUAUAUAUAUAUAUAUAUAAACGACUGCCAUCUAAUGGACAGAAGUUGACAUAAUAUUUAAAUCUAUUGGCUACAAUCCAAAAAUGAUAUCCCUUGCCUGGCCUGAAAUGACAGAGACCAGACAAAACAAAGGGGUCACAAAUAUUUUACAUUUGUAUGUCUAGUUGUUUCCUGACAAUAACAAUGUUCUAAUUAGGAAGUCUAAUCAAAACAUAAUCAGCAAACUGGAGAAAGAGAAAAGGGAGGAAAGGCAUACAAUUUGUCGUCCUUUUUCCUUCUUCUGUGGGCGCAGGUUCAUUUUUCAAAAUGACUAGAGGUUUAAAUACAAAGGGGAGAAUGUUUAGAGUGUGUUCAUGAUCCUUCUGCUCUCCUUAAAAGAUAGAAACUCAUACCUUUCACAUAUGAUGGAUAGGAGGUGAAAGCUUAAUCACAGAUAUCAAAUUUUAAGACCUCUAUCCAUUUAUAAAUAAUGGCAGGAAGUGUUUUAAAAAAGCUUUAAUGCCUUCAUUCUUAUUAUUGAAAGAAUUUGCAGAUGAUGUAAAAGCGUCAACCACUGAAAUGGAUAGUCGUGCAUCAUAGCAGUGCAGUAGCUGGCUGAAACAUGGCUCUUAUCUGGAGCUGCAGACGUGUGUUGCACCACGCCUCACAUAAACAUAGACGCUAAAGAUAACGAAUGAGACUGAGUUUGUUUGGGUCUCUUCUCUGCUUUAACAAUAAUUUCGUCCUCAGUCCUGAAAUAAAAAGAGAUGUUGAGGGGAGAAAUUGUUGUUCUUUUUCUGUCUUUACUGUUUGAGACUUCAUCAACUCAAAACAGUCAAAUGACGAAAGCAAACCGAGAGGUUUUUGGUCGAGAGACGAAGGAAAUCCCAAAGGUCCUGCGACCAGGUGUGACAGAGUUUUUCUUUGUGGAAAGUCAGAUCACAACAAUACCCAAUGAAGCCUUUGCUGAACUCCCAUUUCUAACAAACUUGGAGUUUAUAAACACCAACACGACUAAUAUUGGGCCGGAAGCUUUUGCAGGCUUGGUUAACCUCACGCACAUUGAGAUCUCCAGCAAUCCACUUACAUCAAUCCCAUCUGGAGUCUUUAAAGACCUCCGUAACUUAGUGAAAAUUUCACUGAGACUUAACAAACUGCGUCGUCUGGACAAAGGCUUAUUUGACGGCUUAAAAAAAACACAGGAACUCAUGCUACAUGGGAACCAGAUCCAAACUAUUGAAGACGGGACUUUUGAUGAUCUUGAGGACCUUACACUCCUCCAUUUAGCUAAAAACAAUCUCUCUGCCGUGCCUGCCAAAUGGUUUUCAAAGUUGAACAAACUGCUGACAUUGCGGCUCCACGAGAAUCAGCUCACCACCAUUCCUGAAGACAUUUUUCUGAAUUUGCCAAAUUUGACGGAAAUUAACUUGAGUGGAAACAAAAUUGCAGAAUUGUCACCAAAUUUAUUUCCACAUAAAGACAAACUAAUUAAGCUGCAAUUAGAUAAUAAUCUCCUGAUUAGUUUACCUGAAGGUUUUUUCAAUGACUUCAGGCAGCUUAAAACACUGACACUACAAAAGAAUAAACUGAUUCAUCUGCCGUCUGUGCUUUUUGGAAAACUGCCCAAACUGACUGACUUAAGUUUCAGCCAAAACAAGCUAAGCUCCCUUCCUGAAGGAAUAGUAAGCCCUCUGGAGAAACUCAAGAAGCUGGAUCUGUCAAAAAAUGAAUUUGCCACUUUGCAUUCUAAAUAUUUCGAAGGCGCUGAGAAGCUCAUGGAGCUGAAUCUACUGAACAACAAGAUUGAUUCGCUGGAUGAAGAUGUGUUUGAAAAGCUACAAUUGCUGACAACGCUAAAACUAGCUCAUAACAACCUGCAGACACUUCCUGGAGAUAUUUUCAAGCCUUUGACCAAACUAAAGAGACUUUAUCUCAAGGACAACCCCUGGCGCUGUGACUGUAAUCUGAUUGAUCUGCACAACUGGAUGAAGCAAAACUCGGACAAGAUUUUAGAUUCUGUACUGUGUGAUUAUCCAACAGAUCUAAAAGGACAGGAGGUCAGAUCAUUGACAGAGGAUCAGUUUAUUUGCCUCACCACUGUUGUUCCUCUAACCACAACCAUCACAACAACUCCCUUGACUACAACAUCACUCCCAACAACUUAUCCAACGACCACCAUCCUUACCACUACAACACCUCUUCCUACAACACCAACCACUGUUUUGCCAACCAGCACUUCAUCCCUUAUAACCACAGCUGCAACCACCACAACGCCCACAACUACAGAAACGACCACCAUCCCAACUACAACGACACCUACGACUCCAAACACCACUACACCACCUACAACCACCACCACCACAAUGACUACGACACACCGGACUACUGAACUAACAACCACCUCAAUGACUACAACACCUCUUCCUACAGCACCAAUCACCACUACACCACCUACAACCACCACAACGCUCACAACUACAGAAACAACAACCACCAUGCCAACUACUACAACACCUCUUCCUACAACACCAACCACCACUAAACCACCUACAACCACCACCGCAACCACCACAACGCUCACAACUACAGAAACAACAACCACCAUGCCAACUACUACAACACCUCUUCCUACAACACCAACCACCACUAAACCACCUACAACCACCACCGCAAUGACUACGACACACCGGACUACUGAACUAUCAACCACCGCAAUGACGACUACAACAACUCUUCCUACAACACCAACCACCACCACACCUCCCACUACUGCACCCCCCUUUACCACAAAACCAACCACCGCCAUCCUUACUACUACCACAACACCAGCAACCACUUUGCCAGCUUCAACUACAACCACCCCUGUCUACACCACUACACUUGCCACAACUACAACAACAAUACCAACAACCACCAUAAUGUUAAUAACAACUGCAUCCACAACCAUAAUAUUAACAACAACAGUUGCACCAACUACAACUUCACCAACAACCACAUAUACCACCAUAAUGACAACUGCAUCUGCAUCUACACUUGCCAUUACAAAGACUUUACUCUUUACCACAAUGAGUGUACCAACAACUUUGACAACAACUAGACCUACAAGUUCUAAAACCUCCACCACCAUUCCCAGUACUACCCAGCCAACCACAGGCCAAACAAUGACACCACCUCAACAAACCAGUCCGGUCUUUCCCUGUCUGAUGGAUCCAUCCACUCAGGAGCCAUCACCGUCCCUUACAAGUCCAUACAAGAACAAAAGUCAGCGGUGUAAAUCUCAGAUGAUGUUCUACACCACCCUGCUCGUGAUGGAGGUCAUCUUCACCCUGGUGCUGGCUAAGUUUACCCUUUCUCUGUUCCACCUGCUGCAGAGCAGGGAGAGGAUGUACCACAGGGUCAAACUCACACGCUUCUCCUACAGGAGGGAGGUCAUCCUCAGGCCACUGAGAGAGGCAGAGACUCACAGGCUUUAAACAGCAACAGCACUUGAAAUACAGACCAAAAUUGUUUGUAUACAAUGUGCUCAAGCAAGUUGGUUUUUCACUAUAAGAAUGUCUGAUCGUAAAUAUUUAUUGGCUGUAAGUUGUCACUGAAAAUAUGUAUUCCGUCUUUAGCAAAAAAGGAUUUUAAAAAGAAUGCAUAUUCGGAAGGAUGACAUUUUUCUUCCUUAAAAUGUGUUUGUCUAGUUCUGACUGAAACCCUGUAAUUGAAGUAGAUGUACAGUAGGGGGAGAUAGAGAUCUUAGAAACUUCUUAUUAAACUCCUAAUGAACUGAAUCAGAUGCAUAGGCUUGUUUCUUCCGCACCUAGUUAAGUGCUACAAUAGGGGUCAGCGGCUCAGAUUAACAUGAAAAACUGCUGAGGUGAAUGGCCCCUGACUUAUUAAAAAAAUCUAGAAAGUUGUAACAAUAUUGGUUUGAAGACAAGAAUGAUUGGAUAACUUGUAUACAAUAAUUUGAUAUUCACAUUUUAAAUAAAUUGAUUAUCACUUCA